UGAAACAUCCGAUAUAGCUUGGAACGAGAAAUGAAAAAAGGCUUACAUGAGAUGAUCUCACACUCCACCACCACUUCUAUCAUGGAACUGUUUGCGACAUGGUGGGAACCAGGAAAAUUGAUAGCAAAUGGAUAUGAGCGAGCGGACAAGUUAGACGAGGUAUAUCUUCUGCCGCGGAGAGUCCUUGGAACCAGAAACCUGCGACCAAGGCUAUUAUUAAGAAUGUCAACUGGCGUGGCAACCUUCCUACUGACGUUACUGACGUUAUUGUCGUUAAUCCUGUCACCGAUAUAUGCGAAGAUUGUUGGAGAAGGAUGUACGAUUAGCAAUUCAAGCGGGUUCUUGACGUCAGGUGUAUGCAAGUUCCUGGAAGACUGCCCGCCAGUUUACGACGCAUUGUUAGCCGGAAACUCACCAACUACAUGCGGAUAUAUAGAUUUUAAACCAAUAGUCUGUUGCCCGACAAACAAUGAAAACGGAAAGGAUAUCACCACGGAAAAGAUAACGUCAAAACUAACUACAAGCUCCACCGAAAGAAUAAACACGCCGCGGACUUUGAUAUUUGACAGCAGCAGAGGAUCAUUAGCGCGAGCAAAAUGUGCGGAGAGUGCGGUAGCUGUCUUCGGCAUAGCAAUACCACCUACACUUUUACUGGGCCAACGUCCUGUGAAUAUAUCGAGGUGCGCUCUGAGCACGCGUAAAUUGAUCCCCGGUGGUAAAAAAGCUGAGCCAAAAGAAUUUCCGCAUAUGACGGCCAUCGGAUUUCAAAAUACAGAGAAUGAGAUACUGUGGCUAUGUGCUGGUAGCCUGAUUUCCGACAGAGUGAUACUGACAGCGGCUCAUUGUAUUUAUAGCCAAGCCUGGGGAGACGCGAAGUGGGCACGAGUCGGUGACCUGAAUCUAGCGCAAACGAAUGACGAUGCAAGGCCGCAAACCAUCAGAAUCGUUGAAAGAAUAUCGCAUCCUGAUUAUAAAAGGCCGUCGGAGUAUCACGACAUAGCCAUAAUGAAGUUGGAAACCCCAGUUAUCUAUAACGCAUGGGCCAGGCCGGCAUGUCUCCCGGUUGACAUGCCUGAUAUUGGUACUGAUGGCCAUGCAGUUGCUACUGGAUGGGGGCUAGUUGAUUGGGCCGAGGAAGGAAGCCCCGAUAAUUUGCUGAAAACGACGCUCAGUUUGGUUCCGCAACAGACUUGCAAUGAGAGCUUUUUCGAAAGCGACAGUGCUCAGUUCGCACGAGGCAUUAUUGACAAAUGGCAAAUAUGUGCGGGAGAAAUAAGAAAGGAUAUUUGUCAGGGUGACAGCGGAGGACCUCUGACCGUUUUUAACAAUGUUCAUUACUGUAUGUAUAACAUAAUUGGUAUUACGAGUAUAGGACAACUGUGCGGAAGCAUCUUACCUGGUGUGUACACUCGAGUCUAUCACUACAUCCCCUGGAUAGAAAGAGCGGCAUGGCCGGAGUACUUCAAAAAUAAUCAGGACACUUAAAAAUUAAUUUUUAAAUAUAUUUUAUUAUUAAGUAUAAUUUAUAAUAAUAUUUUUGUCUUUAUGAAAAUUUUCUUUUCAUAAUUUUAAUCUUAUUCUCCUCUUAUUUUAAUCCCAAUUAUACAAAGUGUCUGACAUAAUACGUAUAUCUGCUUGUAUAUAGAAAUUAUGAAGUAAAAAUGUCCUUUAUCAUAUAUAUGUUACAAACAACUACGAUAAAUAUUAAGAUAUUAAAUAAAAAUUUGAUGAAAAAAUGCAUAUGAUAUGAGUUGUGUAAGUUGAUCUGAUCAAAUGCAAUAAGAAUGUGAUCAAGGAAUUUUAAAAUCAAUGUUUUAAUGUAAGAAAAAAAUUGA